AUGUUUUCGCGGAAAACAAACGACGACCCGCCGGUCUAUCCGGCUGUACCCAGCUCCCUUCGGUCAGAAUCGUUCGAGAUGACCGAGAUGCGAAAAGUUCAAGAAGCUCGAGCUGAUACGGCCCCAACUAUUACUCCUUACCUCAGCCUGCGAUCAAGACUUUCUCAACUGUGGAUAAAUCGCUGGACAAUCCUUCUUAUCCUGGUCCUCAUCCGAGUCAUGAUUCUAAUCGUUGACCUCAAAGAGAACGUCGGCAAUGCUAAAAUCAAGGCGCUCUCGGCCUGCACCAAAGUCGAGGAUGUUGGAAGUGCUAUGGCUUCCAUGCCUCACUAUCUAUCGAGGGGCGUCAACGAGCUUGCAGCCUCUGGCAUCGAAAAGUCAGUAGAAGCCAUGGUGUAUUUGCUUGAUCUCGUCCUUGUGGGCGUCAAGAACAUCAUCAUCUUCUACAUCAACUUCCUUACUGCUACAUACGUGUGCUUGAUUACCGCCAUGGUUCACGGCAGUCUCAGUGUUGUUGCUGAUGUCACGGAGGACGCAACCAGAAAGUUCAACGGUUUGAUCGACAAGGCUACCAGCAAAAUUGAGGACAUCUCCAAAGAUCUUGAAGAUGGCAUCAACGACAUAACCGGCGGCAUUGAGGAUUCGGUUAUUGGGCGUCUGGUUCCCGAUAUCCCGAAAGUCGACUUCUCCAGCCCUAUCGCAGAACUCAAGGAUUUCGAUAUCAAAUCCGAAGAUUUUGUCAAGGACGUUCGAAAGUUGGAGGAUGAUCUGCCUGACUUCCGAGAAGUCCAAAAUCUAACCGAGCAAGCUAUUUCUAUCCCCUUCGACUUUGUCCGCAAAGCCCUCAAUGAAACUUAUGGCAACUACAAGUUCAACCGAGAUGCAUUCCCUCUUGCUCAGAAGCAACAGCUAAGCUUCUGUUCCGAGAAUGACGCCCUAAACAACUUUUUUAACAAUCUGUUUGAGCUUAUCGCCAAAGCCCGAACCAUCUUCAUCGCGGUCUUGCUCAUUCUAGCUUUGGUGGCCCUUAUCCCCAUGGCCUGGUUUGAGAUCAGACGCUGGCGGCGACAGCAACAGCAUGCGCGUCUCGUUGCUCAGAACGCAUAUGAUCCAAUGGAUAUUGUCUACAUUGCAUCUCGGCCCACUACGGCGACUUUUGGCAUCAAAAUUGCCUCCCGCUUCAAGGGCAAGCGCCAAAUCCUUGUGCGCUGGCUCAUCGCUUAUGCCACCUCCGUCCCGGCCCUGUUCAUUCUCUCACUCGCUAUUGCCGGCUUCUUCUCUUGCUUUUGCCAGUGGAUCCUUCUGCGAGCGAUCAAGAACGAAGUGCCCGCCCUAGCAAACCAGGUUGGCGCAUUUGCCGACGACGUUGUAGGGAAUCUUGAGAGUGUCUCAGCCGGCUGGGCAAAUGAUGCCAACGGUGUCAUUGCAGGCUUCAGUGACGACAUCAACAACGAUGUUCUUGGCUAUGUAACCAACGCCACAGAUGCUGUAAACAAUACUCUUAACACCUUUCUCGAGACUAUGGAUGAUGGCCUCAACACUGUCUUCAAGGGUACCAUUCUUCUCGACCCUAUCAAAACUGUCCUCCAUUGUGUCGUCGGUAUCAAGAUUGAGAGCGUACAGAAAGGACUGACUUGGGUGCACGAGCAUGCCGAGGUCAAAUUCCCGCUCUUCGAAAACGACACUUUCAGCAAAGGUGCCAAGGACUCUGUCGAGGGUGACUCAGAGCUCAACUCCUUCCUGGCAUCCCCGUCGAGUGCCACUACCGACGAAGUUACGGGAGCUGUCAAGGCGGUUACAGAUUGGCUUCAUAACAAACUGAUUCAAGACGCGCUCAUCUCUACUGGUAUCUUUCUCGUAUACGUGCUUGUCGUCCUCAUCGGUACAGUGUGGGCACUGGUUGGCAUGGUCUCUCCUGACAAAGGCCGUGCCGAAGGCGGCAUGCGCUUCACCGGCGACAAACGACCAGGCUUCAGUCCUCGCCUUGGACAUCAUAAUCCCGCAAACCCCGACGGCGCUGCAAGCUUUCCUCGAUUUGGGUCAUCCUCAGAUGAAGAUAACCACUAUCGAGAAACUCCCAGCGGACGCGACGAGAAGUUCAUGUCGGGCGCAACCGGGGCCCGCGCUACACAGGUGGACGGCCACCAAAGAAGCAGUUCCUAUGGUUAUUUGGAUACGGCAAACAGCAAGUAUUAG